CCUCCUCCUCCCCGGCCCCGCGCGUUUCCUUUGCCCGCGGGGAGGCAGGAAGGGAGCGGCCGGAGGGAUGGAGCGGGUCCCGGCAGGGAUGCCGUAGCUCCCGGGAUAUCCCGACCCGCCGGGACGCGGUGAAGCUGCCAUUCCCAAACCUCUCUGCAAUGGCCUCAGGGAAUGAGGGGGACCCUCCGCAGGCGCAGGGACGCCGGGGGAGCCACAGGCGCAGGCUCAGCUCAGAAGGCCGUGUGGCGGAGGAGGCCGAGGAGGUGUUCCGCAGCUACGCCUUCUACCGCUACCAGCAGGAGCGCCAGGAGCGCGGCGCGGAGCUGCCGCCCGACCCCGAGAUCGAGCAAAUCCAGCAGGACCUGGAGAGCACCGGCAGCCAGGUGGGGCAGCGCCUGGCCAUCAUCGGGGACGACAUCUACAGGCGCUACGACGCCGAGUUCCGCACCAUGCUGGAGAGCCUGCAGCCCACCCGCGACAACGCCUACGAGCACUUCACCAAAAUUGCCUCCAGCCUGUUCGAGAGUGGCAUCAACUGGGGCCGGGUGAUCGCCCUGCUGGCCUUUGGCUACCGCAUGGCCAUGCACGUGUGGCAGCGCGGCGUCAGCGGCUUCCUGCGCCGCAUCGCGCGCUACGUCGGCGACUUCAUGCUGCAGAACCGCAUCGCGCGCUGGAUCGCCCAGCAGGGAGGAUGGGAGGCCGUGCAGAACCUGGACAAUGUUUACGUGAAGUACGUGCUGGUGGCAGCCGUGGUGGUGGUGGUGCACCUGGUGCUGCGGCGCUUCCUCACCCCCUGACGGGCCACGGGGCACGGGGCCGGGGGGCUCCGAGCACCCCCUCCUCUGCUCCACACCCCCGGCACGGGGGGGACCCCAGGAACAUCCAGGAGACAGCAUGGCUUGGGGCUGGGACCCUCCUGCUGCAGGGCCUGGGGUCUCUGCACCCCCAGGAGAGGACUGGGGAGAGGGGGGGCUCUGUUUGUUGUGUUUGGUGCCUCAAAAAGCUGCUGGGGGGGGGACAUCUCUGGGAUGGGGACAUCUCUGGGAUGGGGACAUCUCUGGGACAGGGUGUCUCUGGGAGGGGACAUCCCUGGGAGGGGACAUCUCUGGGAUGGGCCAUUUCUGGGAUGGAGCAUCCCUAGGAGGGGACAUCUCUGGGAGGGGACAUCCCUGGCCCCCCGGCUGUUCUGGAGGAGCAGAGGGGUGUGACAAUGCCCCAGUGACAGUGUGUGUGACAAUGUGACAAGCAGUGCCCCAGUGGCAGUGUGUGACAGUGACAAUGUGGCACGCAGUGCCCCAGUGGCAGUGUGUGACAGUGACAAUGUGACACGCAGUGCCCCAGUGGCAGUGUGUGACAGUGACAAUGUGGCAUGCAGUGCCCCAGUGGCAGUGUGUGACAAUGCCUGUGGUGCCCGUGCUGGGUCCCGUGCCCCUGGGGCAGCAGCAGAGCCCCCUCCCCAUCACUGACAGCUCCAUCCCUGUGUCCCAGGGUGAUCCCAGCCCUGGCUGCUCCAGCUGCUGGAAACCCCAGCAGGGACAAACCCAGGGGGCUGCUCCCCCUCCUGCUGCUCCUGAGCCCAGAACUGGAACCUUUCCCAUCCCUUGAGCCUUUCCCAUCCCUUGAGCCUUUCCCAUCCCUCAGCCUUUCCCAUUCCCUGAGCC